UCCUUUUUUCCCAGCAUGCUCUUUGUCCGUCCACUUCCUGUUUAUUGUGGCGGUUGUCCCGGUGGAUCUUUCGGUACCUCUGACCCAGCACCUUCGACCCGGUACCGCCGCUCCGCCCGGUGAGCCCGCUGAGUCCGGGCCGCUCCGCCCGGUGCGCACCGGCCCCUCCCCCCCUCUGUGCUGUCUGUCUUCGUCCCCUCGUCCUGCUGAAGUCUUCAGGAUGGAGGACUCGGAGGCGGAGCUGACGGUGUCGGAGUCGGACGCUCUGGGCGCAGACUUCAUCACGGUGGAGCUGGACACGCAGCCCAUCGAGUACGUGGUGAAAUGGGCCGAGGUGGGUUCCAAGUUCACCAUCUCGUGUGUGAAGAGGGACUCGGACGACGCGUCGGACCUGACCGCGGAUCACCUGAAGAUGGAGACGGACGAGGCGUUCUUCGCCCCGUACGAGGAGGUGUACCCCUGCGAGGUGACGGAGCAGAGUGUGGAGAUAAAGACGGACUCUGACGAGGAGGAAGAGGACGGCGAGGAGGAGCAGGAGGUGCUGAUCGAAGCGGGGAGCAGCCACCUGGACGCCUACUCGGACCAGGCGGACUAUGAGCCGGACGAGCGGCAGUACCGCUGCGGCUACUGCGGGAAGUGCUACAGCCACGCCUCCAGCCUGUACCGCCAUCAGCAGACGCACACCGGCAAGGGCACGGUGCCUCCCACCAAGAGGGCGCUGGAGCCCGCCCCCCAGGACGCACGCUACACCUGCCCCCACUGCGGCAUGAGCUUCAAAGGUAGCAGGAUGCUGGGGAGUCACCUGCGGCUGCACGGGAAGCGACGGAUCCACCCCUGCAACAUCUGUGGGAAGGAGUUCAACCACAGCUCCAGUCUGUCGCGCCACCGCCUGAUCCACAAGAAGGGCAAGGGCCUCCCCAAGGAUGCCGCCCUCGUUCCCAGCAUGGCCGCCCUGCGCCACACCCUGAAGGCCGGCGGCAAGAACAAGAAGACCAAGAAGCAGCAGGCGCCGUCACCACUGCCGCAGCACAUAGCCCAAGCCGCCAUCAUCCACAGCCAGGGCGGGGACAAGUUCUACGCCUGUCCCCAGUGCGACAUGAGCUUCAGGACGUCCACGCAGCUGUCCAAGCACCAGGUGACCCACGUGAAGGAGCUGCUGGACAGCUACACGCCCGGCAAGGAGAACCUCGGCGAGACGUCGUCCGACCUGAAGAUCCGCCUCAAGCUCUGCUCCCGCGACAAGCCCAACUUCUACACUCUGUGCAAGAAGAACCGCCGCCGCCGAGGCGGCCGCGCCGCCAAACGGGGCUCCGCCACCUCCGAGGAGGAGGAUGAUGAGAGCGGAGGAGUCGGGGCUGCGACGGGGCUGGAUGUGGGAGGCCACGGCUGCGGCCAGUGCGGAAAGCGGUUCAGCCACUCCUCCAGCCUGGCGCGACACCAGCAGACCCACCGAGCAGACGGCGGCGGCGUGCGGGGCAAGCUGCCGCAGCACGCCAAGGCCGGCGUCCCCGCCACCAAGAACAAGACGUACACGUGCGCCGCUUGCAACAAAACCUUCAUGCACUCGUCCAGCUUCUCCCGCCACAAGAAGGCCCACCUGGAGGAGGAGCAGCGUGCCCACAUGGCCGCCGCCACGUGCAGCAAGAGGUCCCUGCUGGACGAGACCGCGCCGCUGGAGUCCGACUCGGAGUGACGGCGCUCGGCUCCCCGCCCUCUCCGGGCCAGGUUCUUGGUCCUGAAUCAGCAUAGACUGCUUCUGGACCUGUUGGGACCAGUUCUGGAAAGUUCUGAUGUGUUCUGGAUCAGUCUGGACGAGUUCUGAGCAGCCAGCGUCGGUUUAGACAACAGGAAGUGGUUGACUCCUGUCUGGUGUAGAUAGCAGCGGGACUUCCUUAUAUGGUCGUAUGGUGGAACUCUCCCUGUGCGGUCGUGUCCAUAUAUGGUCAUGAGUGACCGUUCGGUCAUCGCACUUACAGGAUUGAAUCUAAAGUGUUAACACCUGACCCUGACCCCUGACCCCGCCCCCCCACUGUAUGUUCACCUUCACUCUGCCCUUUUCACACUCCAUUUCCCAUCAGCCAACUGGGCCCACAAAGCAUCAUGGGAGAUGGAGUUCUGAUGGAGGAAUGGAUGCAAUUGGACAGCAGCCACUCAUUCUGAUUGGACAGUUCGAAUUUAUUUAUAAAACAUGAUAGUAAGUAGGACCAAUCAGGCACCAAUCGGUUCCCGUCAUCGUGGUCGGCAUGUGGAAGCUCUCCUCUGACUGGCUGCAGCGGUGUGACCUCUCCUUCAGGCCCCGCCCACUUCCUCCCUGUCUGACUUUGAUUGGCUGUGGUUGUUUUAUUGGCACUUUGUUGUAAUUGGUCGUUUCAGCUUAGAGGAGGGGGAGUCCAGCUGGCGUCGUUACCAUGACGACAGCAUCCUCCAUCAUCACUUUUGAAAAGAAAAAAAAAUCUCAAAAGAAAACGAUUGAAAGCAGUUUCAAGAUAAAACAUCAAAGGAUGUAUUUUGAUUUGACAUUUUUGUCUCUAAUUUUAAUUGUGGAGGCAUGUAAGUGAGGUCCCCCACCCCACCUCCACCCACCUGAAGAACUGCCCCGCCCCCCCUGUAGACUUACUCCCACACUGCUCUUCUGGUUCUUUUGGUGUGAAGUAGACUUAAUUUAAUGGUGGAUUAUUUAUUUAACCCCCUCCCCCUCCCCCAGUUCGGUCGUUCAGGUGUGUGUUGUUGGCUGUGUCACAGAGUGGGCGGGGCCGCCUGCAGGUAGAAGGUUGUCGGUCAUUGUAUUGUGUUCUAGAAAAAAAAAAAUCCACUGACAUGUUCUGUUUUGUAAUAAAUCCUUGAAA